UGGAGCUUGUCACCAGUGGGGAUCGAGGUAAAAGUAGGAGCGGUCAAGACGAAGUGACUGCACAAGGAAGCCAGAAGAGACAUCGGUAAAUCCAACGGUGGAACAAGGAGCAUGGCGGAUUUAAACCAACAGUGCCUGCGUCUUCAAAGUGAGAAUGACAGAGUCCCUAAUGAUCUGCCGACAGUUCUUCCGAAUCGAUUUUCAGAACAGGUGAUCCCACCUACGGAAGUGUCACCUACGAAGAAUUUGCCAAAUGACAGCCCAUCUAAGUCUCCCCGUUUUAUUAAGAUAAAGAACUGGGAAACAGGCAGCAUUUUAACUGAUACAUUGCACCUGAACUCUCGAAUGGCAACUGGGUGUAGAGAGCAGAUAUGCAUGGGAUCAGUAAUGAUGCCAAGCCAACACGUAAGGAAACCAAGUGGAGCCCGAACAAAAGAGAAGCUUCUUCCACUGGCAGCGGACUUUUUCAACCAAUAUUAUACAUCCAUCAAAAGGCAUGGAUCUAAGGCUCACAUUCAAAGGAUGGAGGAGGUGACGAAGGAGAUUGAAACAACUGGCACUUACCAACUUAAAGACACUGAGCUAAUUUAUGGAGCCAAACAUGCCUGGAGGAAUGCUACCCGCUGUAUUGGGAGGAUCCAGUGGUCCAAGUUACAGGUUUUUGAUGCACGUGACUGUUCCACUGCUCACGGCAUGUUCAACUACAUAUGCAAUCACAUCAAGUACGCGACCAACAAGGGAAAUCUCAGGUCUGCAAUCACAAUAUUCCCACAAAGAACAGAUGGAAAACACGAUUUCAGAAUCUGGAACAGCCAAUUGAUAAGAUAUGCUGGGUACAAACAACCUGAUGGCUCCAUCAUUGGUGACCCUGCUUCAGUGGAGUUAACUGAGAUUUGUAUUCAACAAGGUUGGAAGGGACCAAAGGGUCGCUUUGACAUCCUCCCUCUUUUGCUUCAAGCCAACGGAAAUGACCCUGAACAAUUUGAGAUUCCUCCUGAACUAAUCUUGGAAAUACCCAUCAGACACCCCAAGUUUCAGUGGUUUGAAGAUCUGAAGCUGAAGUGGUAUGGCCUGCCAGCUGUUUCAAACAUGCUUCUGGAUAUUGGAGGCCUUGAGUUUACAGCUUGUCCUUUCAAUGGAUGGUACAUGGGGACAGAAAUUGGAGUCCGAGAUUUCUGUGAUACCUCUCGCUACCGUGUACUAGAGGAGGUAGCAAAGCAAAUGGGACUUGACACUGGAAAGUUAUCUUCUCUUUGGAAAGACCAAGCAUUAGUCGAAAUAAAUAUUGCUGUCCUACACAGUUUUCAGUCUGAUAAAGUGACAAUUGUGGACCAUCAUUCUGCAACGGAGUCCUUCAUGAAACACAUGGAAAAUGAAUACAGAUGCCGAGGCGGGUGUCCUGCAGACUGGGUGUGGAUUGUCCCCCCAAUGUCAGGAAGCAUUACACCUGUCUUCCAUCAAGAGAUGCUAAACUAUCACCUGAGCCCGUCAUUUGAAUAUCAGUUGGAUGCCUGGAUCACUCAUGUGUGGAAAGGAGCCAAUGGAACUCCCACCAAGAAGAGAGCCAUUGGAUUUAAAAAGCUAGCAAAGGCUGUGAAGUUCUCCACCAAGUUGAUGGGACAAGCAAUGGCCAAACGAGUAAAAGCCACCAUUUUGUAUGCUACUGAAACUGGAAAGUCCCAAGUCUAUGCAAAAACAUUAUGUGAAAUUUUUAAGCAUGCUUUUGAUGCAAAGGUCAUAUGCAUGGAUGAGUAUGAUAUUGUUCACCUGGAGCAUGAAGCAUUGGUGCUGGUGAUUACAAGCACUUUUGGCAAUGGUGAUCCACCUGAGAAUGGAGAAAAAUUUGGCUCUGCCCUGAUGGAAAUGAGACACUGUAAUUCAAAUCAGCAGAAGGACAGUGAGAGUUAUAAAGUUCGUUUCAACAGUGUAUCCUCAGUCUCAGAUGCUCGGAAAUCUUCAAGUGAUGAAGCAGAACACAGAGACAACUUUGAAAGUACUGGUCCAUUAGCCAAUGUUAGAUUUUCUGUCUUUGGUCUGGGCUCUCGAGUUUAUCCCCACUUCUGUGCUUUUGCUCGCGCUGUUGACACCUUACUUGAAGAACUUGGAGGAGAACGAAUUAUGAGGAUGGGUGAGGGGGAUGAACUCUGUGGACAAGAGGAGUCAUUCAGAACAUGGGCUAAGAGAGUCUUUAAGGCAGCGUGCGAUGUAUUCUGUGUGGGGGAUGACGUCAAUAUUGAAAAAGCCAACAACUCCUUAAUAAGUAACGAUCGCAGCUGGAAGAGGGCAAAAUUCCGCCUGACCUAUCGAGCCGCAGCACCUGAUCUUACACAAGCUCUCUAUAGCAUUCACAAAAAGAAAGUUUCUGCUGGAAGACUGCUAUCUCGACACAACUUGCAAAAUCCAAAAUCCAGCCGUUCCACAAUACUACUACAGAUACACACAGACAACCAGGCAGAAUUAAACUAUCAGCCUGGUGACCAUCUUGGUGUCUAUCCUGGCAACCAUGAUGAUUUGGUCAACGCCCUGAUCAACCGAUUAGAAGGACCUCCUGCAAAUCAGGUCAUUAAGGUUGAGUUUUUGGAGGAAAACACAGCUUUAGGUGUUAUCAGCAACUGGUGUGAUGAGACCGCGUUCCACCCUUCCACCAUCUUUCAAGUCUUUAAGUACUACCUGGAUAUCACAACUCCCCCAACUCCACUCCUCCUGCAGCAGUUUGCUCUCCUGGCAAAAAAUGACCAGCAGAAGAAAAGGCUUGAAGUUCUCAGUAAGGGCUUGCAGGAGUAUGAGGAAUGGAAGUGGUGCAAUAACCCAACCAUAGUUGAAGUUCUGGAGGAAUUUUCUUCUGUGCAAGUCCCAGCCACGAUGCUACUUACCCAACUUCCUCUGCUACAGCCUCGAUAUUACUCGAUCAGCUCGUCCCCUGACAUGUACCCAGAUGAGAUUCACCUCACAGUGGCUGUGGUUUCGUAUCGCACAAGAGAUGGUGAAGGAUGUUUACACCAUGGGGUCUGCUCUUCCUGGCUGAACAGGAUAGACAAGGAUGAAAUGGUGCCGUGCUUUGUCAGAGGCGCACCCUCUUUCAGGUUACCAGAAGAUCCGUUGGUUCCUUGCAUCUUAAUUGGACCAGGAACUGGAAUUGCUCCCUUCAGGAGCUUUUGGCAGCAGCGUUUACAUGAUGCUGAACACAAAGGUGUGAAAGCAUGUCCCAUGACACUUGUGUUUGGCUGCCGACAAUCAAAGAUUGACCACAUCUAUCGAGAGGAGACCAUUCAUGUGAAAAACAAAGGUGUAUUUCAGGAACUCUACACAGCUUACUCUCGUGAACCAGAAAAACCGAAGAAAUAUGUGCAAGAUGUUUUACGAGAACAACUUUCUGACCAAGUAUUCAAACUGUUGCAAGACCAAGGUGGGCACAUAUAUGUUUGUGGAGAUGUUACGAUGGCAGGAGAUGUUCUGAAGACCAUUCAGCACAUCCUCACACAUCAUGGGAAGAUAUCACUAGAAGAUGCUGGGAUCUUUAUCAGCAAGCUACGAGAUGAAAACCGUUAUCAUGAAGACAUAUUUGGUGUCACUCUUCGUACUUAUGAAGUUACAAACCGCCUUCGAUCAGAAUCCAUUGCGUUUAUUGAAGAAAGCAAGAAAGACUCAGAUGAAGUGUUCUGUGCUUGAUGGGAACGUUUCCAUGACAAUGAAAUGCUCCAUGGCCUUAUAAAGAGGUUUUAUCCAAUUCUGAAAACUUCAUUGCUCAUCAAAGUCCACACAAGGAUGCCAACAGAGUGAUUUAAAAAGCUUAAUUCUUUUCUUUUAUGAAACAGCUUGCAAUAUUUUUACACAAGAGAGAUUGCUCUGUAAUUUGCUACAUGGGGUGAUUAUUGUUGGGUCAAUUUUUUGUUAACAUGCUGCUUUUAGAUUAAUUGCAAUGCCUGCAGCAAGCGAACAGUCUGUGCUAUGACAAGAAAAUUGUUGCAUGAAAUAAAAACAACAAUCAUUUUAUAAAAUGGCAUUAAGCAUACAUGGGGUUCAUUAUAAAACACCAGGACCUUUAUUCAGUAAAUGUAUAUUUUAAAGGUCUACGGGAGAUCUAUUACUUUUUGAAGAUCAAGUGACAUAUACAGGAUGAUAACCUGCCUUGUUUUUCUCCUAAAAGGUAACAAAAGGCUUAACAGAGAAAAAAUACAGAUUUUCUGUUGAUGAAAGUGCAGUCCUGGUGUUUACAUACUUUGAAGGUAUCAAAUGCUAUUAUUCUCUGAUUAUGUAACAAGAAAAAAAUGGUCAGAUCUCUUUAAGCAUGUGGUAAUUUGGAAACCUUUAGUCAAGAACAUUGCUGGUGCAACAUAAUGGUGUAUUUCUACAUGGAAUUAUCAAUGGUCCACUCAAGAUUCUUCCAUUUUGCCUCACCUAAUUCUAUCCUCGUUGUCCUGUAUUGCCUCCUCCCAUAUCUGUUUAUUUAGCUUUCCCUUUGUUACGAACCAGCAACAAAAGAAACACACCGAGUCAUAUAUAAGUGUUAAAAGCUACUUUAUUAAUAACUACUUAUGAUAAUAAGAAAAAUAAAAGUAAAAAUGUUAGAACGUUAGAAGUAAAAAUGUUAAAUCUUAAACAUUUUCCCCAAAAACUAAACUCGAAGUGUGUGUGUGGCAAAUUCCCAAACUCCAAGUCCAGGAAUGGUUUUCAAAGUUCAGUUCAGCAAGCCGUAAGGUGAAACGUGAGCAAAGGCUUCUUCAAAACCACCGUUGACUGAAGACAAAACAUAGAGAGAAAAUAGAGAGUAAUUACGAAAUCCAAAUGUUCCACUUUGGAACCCAAACGACACCUCAGUGUUUACUCAGCAGUGACUACUCCACCGCAUCUGCCUCACCCCGAAAGGCUCUCGAAUCAUGGCCGUCCACACAAAUACCUGUUUCCUUCUACAUGUCAACAACAAAGUGAACUCCACUGCUUUGUUCUGAAUCUGCCACCCCGAGAAGCAUCCGAGAUGUGGCCAUCCACACAAAUACCUGUUUCCCUCUGCAGGUUAAUGACAAAGUGGACUCCACUGGAUUACUCCGAAAAUUCAUACGUGGAUUGUAGUGACAGGCAUGUUUAUUGUUUCUCAUCCAUCGAUAGAGAAACUUGCAGGCUGGUGUCUCUCUCUCUCUCUCUCUCUCUCUCUCUCUCCUCUGACUGACUCCGACUGACUACUUCAAAAACGUCAUUACGUCCUUUAUGUUCUGCCGUCGUAACCACACCAACACACACACACACACACACCACUAUGCUCUAUCUUAAAGGGACAUUCACCAAUAGUAAUCCAGUUCGUAACACCUUAAAUUAAUCUCAAGCGCAGUACCACAUUCUCACCAUUUUGUUUUUGUGUAAAGAAGUUUUCAGGAAUUCGCUGUUUGAUUUCUUGGCAUCUGUCUUUUAUUGUUCUUCCUUACAAGUGGAAGCACUUCCCUCACAUAAAACAUGUGUGCCAGUUUUGAAAAAUUUGCACCCAUUUCCUGGUGAAAUCAUGUUGGGAAAUUAGCCAGACCGGUUCCUGUGACAAUUCACCCUAAUAAUCAUUUAACUUCUCUGUCCUAUUUUGUCAGGUGAUGAAGUCACCACCAUGUGUGGCCUCUUUUAAUUACUUAAUAAGAGAAACUGGAUCAAACAUUUGUAACUUAUGAUCUCACAGUGAAAUGAGAUGGACAUUUCACAGAAAGUGGUGAACUAAAUAUGAUUUAUAGUGAGGUCUUUCCAACUUCAGGUAAACUGCUCUCUUAUCACUUCCUAUCAUUAUGCUUAUGUCCCUUUCUCACCCUGUAUCUUUGAAAUGCCUCACUAACAGUCAGUACUCGUGCUCCUUGUCACCUGGUCAAGCAGCAUCCGUGGUGGCAAAAGGUCCGCAUUUCAGGCAGACUCCCUGCAUCAGACCUGAAACGUUGAUGUACACCUUUUGCCUCCACAGAUGCUGCUUGCCCUGCUGAGUUCUUCCAGCUUUCUCUAUUUUAUUCCAGAUGCCAGCAUCUGCCGUCUCUUUUGUCUUUGUCUCCUUUCAACCUGAUCUGUCUUAACCCAUCUCCACAUAGCCUUUUGUCUUAGACCCCACUCCUCCCCCUAGUUCCACUUUGAAAACUGUAACCCAUUUAUUCUUCCCUAGGUCCUUGACCCAAAACUUUGACUGGUUUCUUUUUCCACAGAUGCUGCUUGACUGACUUCUUUCAGCAUUUCUGUUUUUGUUUCAGAUUCUGGGAUCUGCAGUUUUAUUUAUUUUCCAUGAUUUACAGUGAUGCCUCUCCCCCACACAGUUUUUAAUAUGUUUCUGAAUAUGGUUUAGUUGUUAAAUAACCAUAGCAAGCACAAGUUCAAGUCAGCUGUCCUUUAGCCCUCAUUAUUUUACAUCUCCUUUUCUGCUGGAUUUUCUUUUGAAGCAAAUGGAAAUGGAUUUUCAGUGGAAUUGUUGAUGACUAAGAAAGAUUUGAACAGAUUUAUUUGAGCAAACUGCCAUUUUUAGGAUUGAACACAACAUGUUAAACCAAAAAUAUAACAAGUGGCCCACAUGAGUAAAGGUGAUUUAUAUUCUCUAAUCAAGGAACUUCUGUGCACAAUUUCUUAACAAUGCCAACAGCCCAUUUAUUAUUAGUCAAUCAACAGAAUUCUCCUGUCAUCUAAUUAUAUUUGCAUCUACUUCUUCCUAGGCAGUCUCUUGGCAUCGAAUGACUUACUUCCACUCUAGUUUUGUAGAUUCUGAGGUGGCUACCAAAGCCAAUCUGGGAACGACAGACUCCUCCGCAGAUUGGGCAGAUGGUGGUUGAUAUGGAGGGCAGGUGGGCAAGUCUGUAAAGUGGUCUGAUUCUUCCAUCAAAUACAUGGGACCUCUGUGUACUCCUGAUGCAUUGCUUUGAGGUUCCCAAUACCAUCCCAAAUGCACCUUGUCUACUUUUAGUGAUCAGGGCCCAGAGCUUCCCAGGAGCCAGUGAGGAUGAUGCAUUUCCUAAAGGAGGCUUUGAGCACAUCUUUGAAUCUUUUCCUCUGUCCACCUGGUAACUUCUUCCCAUGACAGAGCUCAGAAAUGAAUAACAAAAAAUAAGGUGCUGCAAGAACUCAGCCGGUCAAGCAGCACCCGUGGAGGCAAGGGGAUGUGUCGAUGUUUUGAGUCAAGACUCUGCAUCAGGACAGAGAAUGUAGAAGAAAGAAAGUUGGUAUUAUAGAAGUGAGAGGGAGGAGUCAAACAGAGGCUGGUAGGUGAUAGGUGGAACCAGAUGAGUGAGGGGGGAGGAGGGAGUGCUGAUACAGAG